AUGGAAUCUUAUAUCGACAACACCGUGCUUCCUGCAUUCGCCGUAGAGAACAAGUACCUCCUAGUCCAAUAUCAAGGGGAACGGAAGUGGCACGAGAGGUUCGUGAUUCUGAGGCCGACGCCGAGCAGCGACCCCAGGUCCAUUGGAUGGUGCGUCGUCGCGACACCAGACGGUGAUGUGUAUGGCGAGCCUUUGGCUAUUCCUAACGUGCGUGCCGUAGCAGUUCUUCCUGAUGAUCGGUCUCUGCCCCCUGGAGUGCUGCGACGUAAUGUGUAUCGCUUUGAGGAUGGCAGCAUUGGACAGGAACUUGGAGGACCGGAGAUUGCCCAUCUUCGCGGGCUUGCGCAGGCCGAGCUGGUUUCCCUGCAGAAUGACAUCGACCAGAUUGGCAUGGCUGUCGUGGCUGCUCCUGCAGCCGGGGGCGCCACCGCUGCGCAGGUUGCGAACACUGCUCCCGCGGCCGCUGGACCUGUCUUGGCGCCCACUGCCGGGUUUACCUGGGUGGUGGCGGCUUCGGAGGGUCACCGGGCUCGGGGCAGCCUUGUGCCGAUUGCUCAAGUCGUAGGUGGCUACCAAGCUGGUACAAAGGGGGUCGUAGGCCUCAGUGACGGGGCCAUCCUCUUUGUGGAGCUGAUCGGCAACCACGAAAUUGCUGGGUAUGCGAAGCCCUUCACUCCCGAAGCCCUCGCCAUUGCUCCUGCUGCAGCGACGCCGGGCGCCAUUGCCAUGAAUCAGGCUGAUGAUGCGAGAACCUUGGCCGUUCGAUAUGGCACUGACGGCAAGCGGAGGCGGGAAUUGAGAGAAGGGGUUGAGCUUGCCUCGGAGAGUGGUUGGAGUGACUGGCCCAUAAAAGGGCCUCGCACGGCCAAGUGGGUCGGGCAGUACUUCGUGACCAACGGCGGGAGCCCCUUGGUGAUGCAUAACACGUGGAAGGUUAACUGCAAGUUGCAGGGAUCGGACAACGGCGUGUUGGAGCACGAGAGCCUAUGCAAGGCUCUCGAGCUCGCUUUGGAGUAUGAUCAGCUGAACAUCGGCGAGCUGGCUUCGAUUGAGUUGCUAUGCCGCAGGUUGCAGAUGAUUCAGUACCGUUGGCGUGAACGCAUCGUGGGGGCGGUUUCCAAUGGCACGGUCGACGACGAGAGCCACUUCUUUCUCGGUGUCGACCCCACCCGCGGAAAUCUCUGCAUUUGCCCGGCUUUGAACACUUGGCUCGGCGAAGAGUUGCACAAGGAAUCCCAGGCGAACAAGGAGCAGCGAAAGGCCCGUGAGGAAAGGGCCCUGCUCCGAGCCGCCAACAAGGGCAAGUAA